AUGAUCCUAGUGCAGCGGCGAUCCUUCUCUGUUUUUGCCGGGUUUAGUUGGGAGUUUGCUGGACUCGUAUUACGACCAUGUAAUUUGCUUCCAUCGAUGACAUCUGCCCAUUCUGAUGAUAGAUCUUACUUACAUGCACCGCUACCUCACCAGUCGAUAGAUCCGAUUAAAUCUAGCUCAUCUUCUGAUAAGAAGAAUCGAAGUCAUGCACCUGCACAUCUAUCUCACCACUCACCGUUUCUAGAUCCGAUUGAAUCUAGCUUAUCUUCUUAUGAGGAGAAUCAAAUUCAUGCACCUGCACAGUCCUUGGUUAUAGAUCCAAUUGAAUCUAGCUCAUCUUCUGAUGAGGAGGAGAAUCAAAGUCAUGCACCAGCCUAUGAGAAUGCUGAAAUACAUAAGAUGAAGGAAUAUGGUUUUAAAGAACUGGCAGAGGCAACUGAUUAUUUCUCCAACAACUGCCUACUGGGUGAGGGUGGUUUUGGUCAAGUCUUUAAGGCAAUCUUAGAUGGUGAAGUGGUUGCUAUCAAGAAACUUAAAAAAAUAAAGUUGGAAGAUAAAUUGGAGGAGGGUGAGUACCUUAGCUGUGUGAAACACCCAAAUAUUGUUAAGAUGAUUGGGCACUGCACUCAGGGGGCCGACAGAUUACUUGUUUUAGAGUUUGUUCCCAAUAAUACCUUGACAGAUCAUUUACAUGAAAAAGAUGAGAUUUUGGAAUGGCCGAAAAGAAUGAGAAUCGCCAUACACUCUGCAAAAGGGUUAUUAUAUCUACAUCAAGGUAGACCUAAAAUUAUUCAUCGAGAUAUUAAAGCAGAUAAUAUUCUUCUUGAUAAUGACUUUGAACCAAAGGUUGCAGAUUUUUCGCUUGCGAAUUUUCUACCAAAUACUGGUAAUGUUAAUCACAUCACCAGUAUAUUGAGGGGAACAAAUGUUUAUGCAGAUCCAGAAUAUGGUGAUAUUCAAAGAGUGUCUGAGAAAUCAGAUGUAUAUUCUUUUGGUGUUGUACUUUUAGAAUUAAUUACUGGAAGAAAACCUUUAGAUAAUCGAGGGGACACUAUUAUUAAUUGGGUAAGACACUAA